GGUUGAUUGUGCCAAAGUGUGCCGUCUCGAAAAGCUUGUUGAAGACCGUGAUUCUGUUGGGCUUGAAGAAUCAAUUGUUCCACUUCGGACUCCUUUCGUUUCUGGGAGUAGUCGUAUUUGGGUUUACGAAGACGACUGUGAGACCGGCGAACUGGAAUCACGGGUAAAAAAUGUACGGUUUUUAUAUAUUUCUUGCAUCAAAGAUUCAAAAUCAUGGAUUGCUUUGAGUGGCCAAGGGAGAGAAUCGUAUGGACGCCUACCAGAAAGAAGCUUACGUAUGGAGGUAGUUUUCUUGGCAUAA